UUUUCCUAUACAUUUUUUUUUACUUUUGUAGUUUGAGCGUAAAAAAUCGGCUUCCACUAAAUAAACAGCACUCAUAUUGCUACUUCAGGCAUGCAACAGUUGUGAAAACAACUAAUAAAAGUUUCAUGUACGUAGUCUUCAUAAAUCAAGAGAAAAUCAGAUUGCAAAGUUCGAGUUGAUCGCGACCACGUCCCGUUUCACCUUAAAAAUUCCGGCUAAUGACCCGAGCCUUUGGCAUCCCUAUACCGAGUAACAGUGAAUGACAAUGAACUCAUGUCCUGGGCUCAAAUUAAUUUGUGCCCGCUGUCAGCAGUAAGAUAAAGAUGUAUGAAAAGAAGCGGUGAUGUGCUAUCUCGUUUACACAUAUGUUGAGAUGUUAGCCCUUGAAACAUGGCGUGAUGCCAAAGGGGUGUAAUGACCGGACGGCGAUAGUUCGAAUUUUCACAUAUGUUAGCGCUGUGAUCGAAAAAAUGACUGACUGUUUUCUGAGGUUUUUGAUUGUUUUGCGUGUGUGUGCAUACGCUGUCAAAAACAGCUGGUACAUAAUUGAAUUUCAUGGAGUUUAUCUCGUUUAUUCUCAAGUUUUCUAGAAUUAUGACACAUUUAAACAACUAAACUGUUAUAAGUAUAUAAAGGAAGGGCGGAUUUUAUCUGAUUUAAUAAACAAAAGUUGAAGAUGGAUAAUGUUGAUCUCGAAGUUUGCGCGUCAAUACCGGAUCACGAUUCGGAGGACCCGGCCAUGACGCAAUCAGUUGAAAAAGAUGAAGUCAAAUCGAACGCAAUUGUUCGGUUCCUGAACGUGCAAAGUACAGCACCGUUUGCGCGACUAAAAUGCAAUACCGAUUUGAAUCUGCCUCCUUCGAAUUGGUUGAAUAAUUCGGCCAACUCCUACGGACUGGGGCAGUUCCUAUCACACCAGAGGGGUUUCAGCAGCUUUCGGAUGGCCAAUAUGUUUCCCGAUUGCGUUGGUGGCGUGGACGUCGUUUCGGAUGCGGAAAACAUAAAAAGGCUGUUGAAGUUGCCCUACUCGAGGAAGAGCGUCAUUUCGAUGAUAGUCCAUCGGAUCGAAAAUACGCUGCUAAUUGAUGAAUUUGAUGUGGCUCGUUACUUACUUCGCCAGGAGGAAAGCGAAUGGCACUGGCUGCGUUCGUUUUUAUAUGAAAACAUAUUGAACAGUCUGAGUGACAGUGAAAAAAAGUUGUUAAUUCAUACAAAGUCGCGAGAAGCACUGGCACAUAAGUACUUGACCUCGAAAUUUCUAUACUACAGCUUGCGAGCCGAGGAAGAGGUGGAGAAUGACGAGCGGGAACUGUUGGUGGAUGACGAUGCUGGGUGUCGGAAAUUCAAGCCCCUGCCGCUGGCUGGGCCGAUCCUGCCAGAACCGGACGAAGAGGAAAACUUUCCGGAUCCACGAGAAACCAAUCACGUUUUCAAUAGGAACGUUGUUUGGACCUUCGAGGAUAUUCGAAUGUUGAUUGGUACCGAUAUGCCGAUUUUCGGCGGCGCAAAUCGUCCCUGUAUCAGCUUGCGAUUGAGAGACGAAACAAAGCCAAUAAAUGUGCUGACCGGUAUCGACUACUGGUUGGACAACUUGAUGUGUAAUGUACCGGAGGUCGUGAUGUGUUACCAUCUGGAUGGGAUCGUUCAGAGGUACGAACUGAUUAAAACGGAAGAUUUACCGCAUUUGGAAGAUUCAAAGUUCUCUCCGAAGGUGAUUCGAAACGUAGCCCAAAAUAUUCUGGCAUUUUUGAAAGCUAACGCUACCAAGGCUGGCCAUACGUAUUGGUUGUUCAAAGCGAAAAACGACGAUGUCGUGAAGUUGUAUGAUUUGACUACUCUGUGCCAGAAACAUGCAGCCUGUCAGCCACAAAACGAGGAGGAAACCGAUGAAGAGGAUCAAAAAAAUCAAAACCCAUUCACUAUUCCCGUUGCCAUGCUGUUGUACACCGUUGCUAGAAAUAUGAAAAAUUCUCCCGAAGGGAUUUCUGCAACCAAGGCUGGUGCCAUUAAGAUGUUACUGGAUAACUGUAUCAAGCUGCUACCUAAGGAAAAGUACCCUCAGAUAGUGACCUCCUCCCAUUACAUACUCUCCGACCUGCAUAUCCCAGCCGAAACGGAUCCGGGAUCCCCAAAGUUUAACACCACACUGGACGUGGAUGACGACGAAGAAGAGGAUGAAGAAACAGAUGCUAGUCCUCCGUCCCAAACAGAUGAAUAUGUACAGGAUAAGCACCACAUACGAAACAGACUCGAAGCAGCCAUCAAAAGCAUUGAGGAAACCCUCCAGGAGUAUAAUGGUGGCAAUGGAGGAAGUCGAUGGCGACACAAUUCGAGACCACCGCCGCUAGUCGGCGAUAUCGAAGAACGCUGCGAAAUUGCUCUGCGGCACAUUGCCGACGGUUUAAGCUGUUUGCAGUACUUUGACAGCAGUGAAGAGCAAAAAAGCAGAGAAAAAGAAAAGGCAGAAGAAAAACGAAAAAUCUAUCACGAAGAAACUCACCCGAAUAUGGCAAAAUCUGACGAUCCGAUUCCGCUACCGUACAGCCCGCUGAAACCAGAACCAAAAAUCGCCGAGCCCGAUAUUCCGAUACCCAUGGGUUGGAAAGCAGAGGCAAAUGGAAGCGAGAUGGAACCAUGUGAAACCGGCAAAAAAGCCUCCAAGAAGCGAAAUAAACGAAAACUCGAGAAAAAGAAAACAAUCCCGGAUGAUACACCGACUGAAAUCGACACGCGAUCGCUCCUACUGAAGGGUGAAAUAGGAGUCAUCAAAUCUUGGAAUGUCCAUUUGAAAAUUUUACUUUUCGAAAAGGCAUGCCUUACCUAUGCAACCCUUGCCGAGUGGUUUUACUCGUCGGAGAAAUAUGGAACUUCUCUGCGCUUUCUGUACUCAGCAGUACGGUGUCAACAGGUUGUUACCAAGUACAUAUCCUGUGUGUCCUCACAGCGUGGGUUGCUUCUUGGUCGGAUAGGCGAUUGUUUCUUUCAACUUGCCAAGAAAUGGGACACUAUUAAAGGUCAUCUACAAGAAUUCGAAGAGGAGAACCGAGUUGAUCAACUGAUCAUGGACGAAUUAGUGAAGGAUAUCGGCGAUGGUGUCGAGCAAUCUCUGCCUGCCCCAGUGGAUAACAUUGAGCAACUGAUGGUUACCAGUUGUGGUUGCUACGAGGCUGCUCUUGCUAGCGCCUCUAAAGAUGCGAAAGAGGAGCUGAAUCGACGGUUGGGAAGUGUUCGAAAUGAGCUGGGCGUUAAAUAUAUGCACUGGGCUCAGGAAGAGUAUCAACGCUUUUGGGAGCUUCCCGAAGAAGAGAGAGCACCAUUCGAAAAAGCACCUGGUGAGAAUACCAGCGUUGAGCCACUCUAUCAGGUGCUGGCGAAAAAAUCGUACGAUUCCUUGCAGAAAGGCGUUGCCUUGUUUGAGGCCGUUAACGAUCAUACUAAUCUAGCGUUUCUGCUCUGCAACAUGGGCAGAUUUAUGCGGUUUCGUGCGCAUAUACAUCUUGUUGGUGAAAGUCCAAACAACGUGAUCCUGCAGAAAAAAUUCUACAAUGAGGCAUUUGCGCAUUACCGACGAGCGCUUGCAGUAUUAGGAUCGAAAAAAGAGAACCCCGAUCUCUGGUCCCUGGUGACGUGGGAACUGUCAACGGCCACAUUUAAUUUAGCAAAACAGCUGCAAGAUUACAGCGAAGCAGACCGUGAUGGAGGGCACGAUCAAGAGGAAGUUGAACAGGAGGUGGUUGAUAUGCUUCAGAGAGCUUUGAAGAUAUGUGAUCAAGAGCAAAAUGGAUCUCGACAAGUUCUGUACGCUUUUCGAGCGGCUCUGAUUCAUCAUAGAAUCGCAUCCUAUUACCACUUUUCGUUCCGCUCCGCUACCGAAGAACAUCGCCGAAAAACAACGCUGCAGUUGUGCAAGCUGCACUACGACAAGGCGGCCAAAAUGUUCGAAAGUCUCAGCGAACCCCAGGAGUUUCUGCAGAUUCAGAUGGAACGCAUAGCUCUGCAAGAGUACCAGUGCGAGCUAGCUCAAACGAUUCCAGCCAAGCUUAGGUUUCUUCAACAGGCGGUCGACCUUUGCAAACAAAGCCAGCCGAUGAUCGAGUGUCUCUGCACCUCUAAGUCUGUGGUUAGCACAGCUAAUAACAACAUAAAUUUUGAAGAAACCCAGAAGCUUCUCGAACUGUUCGAAAAACGUCUCCAAGUUAUACUGAAAACUUUAGCAAAGCUGUGCCUGCUGGCGUUGGGUCCGUCAAAAAAGGGAGAGUCAAACCGGCAAGCCACCCACUACAAGGCCAUGUUUGGAUUGACCUUACAGAAACGACCCGUACGGACUGCCGACGAUUCGACAAAUGGCUCAAACUCGGCCACCAACAAUGUGAUUAAGGACCUUGCCUUACACCUAGUGAAUCUGCUACAGAAAAUUUGUGAUCUAGAUAAGACUAGCAGUUAAAUACGAUUCCGUCGAACUGUUUUAAAUGUCGAACUUGGCUUCAAAGCUUAAAGGUCAGUAUCUCUGUACCCUAGUUUGCUGCAAAAUAACAAAUAAAUCUGUUUACCCUUCAACGGCAUCA